UUUUCAUUUUUUCCAGCUCUUUCCCUUUCGCUCCCCCGGAAAAUAAUCGAGAGAAGAGUGAGCCCGAAAAAACAACGUUUUUAACCUUUAACCUUUGCUUUCGGUUGCCCGGUUACACUUACACCAACACCCACACCCACACAUUGUCAACUGCUUUAUCGAUACAUUUGUUUUGUUGCUGGACGGCAGGACAUCAACGGCUUAGUUGGCCGUAAAAACCAGAGGAAGGCGGUCCUCUACUUUCGGCAAAAGAAUCAUAAAGAGGGAGCACCGCGAACAGCAUGCCGCCAAAGGGUAAAAAGGGCAAGAAGGGCAAAAAAUUGCCAGUGCUCAUCGAUGGCGUGGACACCUCGGCGAUGACCCGCGACCAGCUGGAGGCCUUUGCCCUCCGGCUGAAGGCGGAAAUGGAUCGGGAGCGGGAGGAGCGGAACUACUUCCAGUUGGAGCGGGACAAGAUCCGCACUUUUUGGGAGAUCACGCGCCAGCAGCUGGAUGAAACCCGUUAUGAGCUGCAGCAGAAGGACAAGGAGAUUGAGGCCACACAGGACCUUGCUGACAUCGACACCAAGCAUGUGAUGCAACAGAUGAAGCAUCUGCAGUUCGAGAACCACAAUAAACUGGGCGAGGUUCGGGCUGAGGCGAUGACCCAGCUGAAGUUGGCCCAGGAGCACCAUGUCCUUCAGGAGAACGAGCUGCAAAGGGACAAGCGCCAGCUGCGCAGGAUGCUUCGCGAAAGGAUGGAGAUGAGCGAGAUGCAGCUGCGCCAAAUGGAGGCCCAUUUCAACGAGAAGCUGCUGGAGCAGCGCAUCACGUUCGAGCGCGAGCGCAAGGACAACGAGAUGCUGCACGAGGAGAAGAUGAUCGAGCAGAAGGCCAAGCUGGACCUCUUCUACGGCACCCAGAUGUUCGAGGUGGAGGAGCGCAAGAACCAGCAGAUCAAGGACCUGCAAGACCACCACGACCUGGCCUUCAACGACAUGAAGAACUACUACAACGACAUCACGCUGAACAACCUGGCGCUGAUUGGCAGCAUGAAGGAGCAGCUGGAGCAUCUGCGCAAGCAGGCGGAGAGAUCGGACAGGAUUGCCGCGGACACGGCGGCAGAGAAUCGGCGACUGAAGGAGCCGCUGGAACAUGCCAAUAUCCAGCUGAACGAGUACCGCCGCAAGCUGGAGUUCUACGAGCGGGACAAACAGCAGUUGAGCCGCCUCAAGGUGCGCAACACGCGGCUGGAGAAGAAGGUCAAGGGUCUCACGUGGGAAGCGGAGACCCUGAUCCUGCGCAACGAUUCUUUGGUGGCGGAACGCGAGGGACUUAAGGAGCGCUUCAACGACGUCAUCGUGGAGCUGCAGCAGAAGACAGGGCUGAAGAAUGUCCUUUUGGAGCGGAAGAUCGCCGCCUUGAUGCGCGAGGACGAGAAGCGCAGCAUUGUCCUGCACGAAACGAUCGCCACUUGUGCCCCAAAUUUCGCUGAGAAACUGACCAGCUUGGACGAACGGGUGGGCAACAUCGUCGAUGAGAAGAACAAGAUCAUCCUGGACCUGCGCUACGAGGUGGCCAAGGCCCGUAAGGCCCACGACGACCUCCUGGAGACCUACGAGUGCAAGCUCAAGCAGUACGGCGUGCCCACCGACGAGCUGGGCUUCAAGCCCCUCAGGGAUCGGGACCAACAGCAGCUAUACGUUUGCGGUCCAGCUGGUAUAAUCACGGAGAAUAAGUAGGCUCUCCUUCAAUAGGCUCAUCUUCAAAAGUUGUAAUACAAAUGAAUUUCGAGAAUAGGAAGAGAAAGGGAUCAUUAAUCAAAGUUACGUUUCCUUGAUUAUAUCACAAAAAUAUAUCAGAUACAAAGAAAAAAAUGGUAAAACAGAUAAAACAAAUCAAAAAACUCCAGUGAUACCAAGCCUCUCUUCAAAAAUGAUAAUACAAGAAGAUAUACCCCAGAAAAAAAGGAGAAGUCUAGCCGAUUAUCUAUGCAUAAGAAGUAGACGGUAAGACUAUCACAAAAAAAAAAAGACUAAAAAGAAAAUGAAGUUUCAAAGGUGUUUUGAUUUAAAAAAAAAAUAAGAUGGCUUAUUUUAUUUGAUCUAUAUCAGAAAGACUACCAUAUCUUUAAAAAGGCAGGAAUAAACCAAAGGAGGAGACGAAAAAAUGGUAGAUUAAAAGCGAAAAUUCACAAAAGGAUUAUCGUAUUAUAUAUUUUUCAAAAAUCAGGACAAAAUAUAAUCAUGGAAUGGAAAGAGAGGGAAGAUAAGGGAGAAUAUAUUUAAUGAUCAAUACAAAUGGAGAUUUAUGUAGUCAAAUCAAAUCGAAGAUAGGCAAAGAAGAAAAGCAAAAAAAGUCCCGCCAUGAUAGCCCCAAUAAAAGUAAAUUGUAAGUGCUAUUCGGAUCUUUAGGUAUACUUGCCUAGAUUAGUGUAUAAGAUGUCUGUGUAUUAUAAAAAUGUUCUGAAAUAUUUUUUGGGCACAAUAAAAAUUUGACCAACAUAAUAAA